AUGACAACGCUGCUAGCCGCCAGCCUGAGCCCCGGCCUGCUAGCGCUGCUAGCUCCAGGCCGUCUGUUCCCCAGGCCACUAACCUCCAAAGGACUUGUUCCCAGCCUACUAACCCCAAGAGGACUUGUUCCCGGCCUGCUAGCGCUCCAGCGGCUAGCUCCCUGCCUGGUUCCCGGCCUGCUAGCGCUCCAGCGGCUAGCUCCCUGCCUGGUUCCCGGCCUGCUAGCGCUCCAGCGGCUAGCUCCCUGCCUGGUUCCCGGCCUGCUAGCGCUCCAGCGGCUCAAACUUCCAGGCCGGCUGGAGGGCGACGUAGGCCCCGACGAUGAGCAGCCAAGAAUCUGGCACCUGCACCAGCUCCGUUGGUGGUCCAGCCGAUUCCUGUUCCUCGUGCUCCGUCGGUGGUCCGACCUGCACCUUCUUUGCCGGUGGUCCGACCAACACCAGCUGAUUCCUGUUCCCUCGUCGGUGGCCCGACCGACUCCUGUUCCCUCGUCGGUGGCCCGACCGACUCCUGUUCCCUCGUCGGUGGCCCGACCGGCACCAGCAGACCGACAGGGGGCCGGCGGUGAAGGCGAGACCUCUCUGGAGGCUGGGCAGGGGGCCAGAGACAGGGGGGCACCUGCACCGGCUUCGCCGGUGGUCCGACCAACACCGGCUCCAUUGGUGGCCCAGCUGAUUCCUGUUCCCUCGUCGGUGGCCCGACCGACGACUCCUGUUCCCUCGUCGGUGGCCCGGCCGGUUCCAGCUCCUCGUGUCCGGUCCAUGGUCCCCGGCCCAGCUGUCCAGUCGGUGGUCAGACCGACUCCAGCAGACCGACAGGGGGCCGGCGGUGAAGGAGAACCCUUCCAAGAGACCGGCGACGAAGGCGAGAUCUGUCCAAAGGUCUCAGCAGGGGUUGCAGAUGACGGAAGGGACCCGCCAGAGGCCGAAGAAGGCGAGGCUUCUCCAAAGGUCGGGCCGGGGACUGGCGUAGGGAGCCCGGGAUCUCCGGUGGCAGAGCACAGCUGAGGACCACGGGCGAGACUGCUGGGCUAGGGACCAUGGACCGACACGAGUAUGUAUCCGUAUUGUACUGGUACACCAUUAGUACAAAAAAAAUGACUCUGGGAAGAAUUAUGCAGUAACUUAAAGCGUCACCCCGCUAUUUAAAUGUUUUGUGUUUCUUCCUAUAUGUAGUUUAGAUAUCAGAGUUAUGGACUGAAGUCACACGCAACAGUAAAUCUCCUCUUCAUAUAAAUCUAACAGGAAUCUUACACACUACUACUGAGUCAAGUCUCUUGGCCUGGUCUCUCUCUCAAUCCAAGCUAAUCACACACAGCCAGUGGAAUCUGUGUGUGUGUGUGUGAGAGUGUGUACCUUGAAUUAUUGUCAGUCCUGUGAAACAUUCACCACACUGCUGAGAGGAUAUCAACUCCCCCACUCUCGCUUUCUCUUCUUGAAUUGAGCUCUGUGUGUGUGCAUAGCUGUCAGGUCAGUGGAGCAGCAAGAAACAGACUCACACUGGUCCACCUCAGCCAGACAUGAACUGCAUGUUGAAGCCUGGAGGCCGGUUUAUUAAAAUGUGCGAAGAA